UCGGACCGGGAGUCCACCCCACACCAUGGCCCAGGCCAACAUCUCUGUGACGGAGAGCCAGUUCCGCUGCCCGGUGUGCCUGGAGCUCCUGCGGGACCCGGUGUCCACCCCCUGCGGACACACCUACUGCCUGCUGUGCAUCAACCUCCACUGGGACCAGGAGGACCAGGGCCGCUUCAGCUGCCCGCAGUGCCGGGAGCCCUUCAGCCCUCGGCCGGUGCUCCGCAGGAACACGGUGCUGGCCGAGGUCGUCGGGAAACUCAUGCGUAAUUCCGCACGCUUGGCACCGGAGCUGUUCCACGGUGGAGCCGGCGAGGUGCCGUGCGACUUCUGCCCGCCGGAGAGCACCCUGCGGGCGGUCAAGUCGUGCCUGGUGUGCCUGGCGUCCUUCUGCGAGCUCCACGGACUGCCGCACCGGGAGGUCGGUACUCUGCGGCGGCACAAGCUGGUGGCCGCGGUGGAGAGCCUGGCCGAGCGGCUGUGCGCUCAGCACCGCCUGGGACUGGAGCCCGCCGGAGGGGAGACGGAGGAGGAGGAGGCCGCGGCGGAGGUGUGGAGGAGCGGAGGGGACUGUCUGCUGUGCGAGGCCGACCGGGAGGAGCUGCACAACGGGGACCAGAGAGCCAGGAGACAGCUUCAGCUCCAGGAGUCUCAGAGGAGGGUUCAAGGGAGGACACGGAGCGGAGUGAGAGAGCUGGAGGAGUUUCAACAAAGCCUGGAGUCCCUCAAGGUGUCAGCCUCGGCUGUCUUGGAGGACAGUGAAGCUCUGUUUGCAGACAUGGCUCUCCGUCUGGAGAAAACCAAGGCAGAGGUUCGAGCGCGGCUGGAGGCCAAGGAGCGGGCGGUGGUCGGGAGGGCCGAACGAGACAUCGAGGUGCUGGAGAAAGACCUGGAGGAGCUGAGGAGGAGAGACGAGGAGAUCAACCAGCUCCUGCAAACGGAGGACAACGCCCAUUUCCUACAGGCGGCUCCCCUGCUAUGCGUCCCUCUCACUGCCGGUCGGCACUCCCGAGCCCUCAGCGUGCCCACGGAGGGGUUCGGCGGCGCCCAGAGAGCGCUGUGCCACCUCCGCAGCCGCAUAGAGGAGGUCUGCAGGGAGGAGGUGGACAAGAUUAGCCGCGCAGUUAAUGAAAACUACGUGUAUGGUGGAGAGUGUGUAAAAGGUGGUGGAUAUCUCAGUGCGGAGAACUCCAAACCGCAUCAAAUACACCCAAGACUAUCUGCAGGGCAACAAAACUCAGGGGCAGUGCCGGUGUCGUUCCCGCUGUCCUCUUUGUCUCUGCAGCCGGCCGAUCAGAGGAUGAGGGCGGCUUUCCUCAGGUUUUCAUGUCGUCUUUCCUUGGACCCGGACACAGCCCACCCUACUCUGGUUCUCCUGGAGGGGCCCCAGGGAGCCCACUGUGGCGAGGAGCCCCAGUCCUACCUCCCCCACCACCAGCGCUUCGAUUCCGUGGCCCAGGUCCUGUGCAGGGAGGGCCAGUUCGGCGGCGCCAGCUACUGGGAGGUGGAGUGGAGGGGCGGCGGCUGGGUCGACAUCGGCGUCACCUACCGGGGCAUCGGACGCAAAGGCGGAGGCAAACCCUGCCUGCUGGGGCGCAACGAGAACUCGUGGCGGCUCCGGUGCACGCACGCCGGGUACGCCGCCUGGCACGACAACCGCAAGACCACGGUGGCGGCGCCGCCUUGCCCCCGGAUCGGCGUGUUCCUGGAGCGGCAGAAAGGAGCGCUGUCCUUCUACAGCGUGUCGGACUCCGUGGUGCUGCUGCACACCUUCAGCUGCCCGUUCACUCAGCCGCUGUACCCGGCCUUCCGCCUGGACCUGGACUCCACGCUGCUCAUCUGCCCACAUGAGGGAGGCAAUGGGUACCCAACCUAACCUCCCCCAUCCUCCCCCAUUCAUCACCCAGGACCCUUUAAUUUAACUGCUGCAGGAAGGGCUGUUUAAUACAAACACUAAAAAAGGAAUCAAACCGUACAUGUCUUUUUUGCAUAAUCUUUUCUUCAGUGAGUGUCUUUUUUUUGACAAAAACAGAUUUUUCAUAAAUAUUCCCUUUCAGUUUUAAAACACUUUUUUUAGUUCCCUGUUCAGUGCACACAGUAGUUAGAAUUUUCACAAUAUUCCUUUUUAACAGCGCAGAUUUAUGACUUGUGUGGUAGGAAAAGCACAGGUGUUACUUAUUAUGUUGUUUGGUUUGAAAAAUAAAAAGUUUUGUUUCUGCCAAUCAAUAAGAAAAGUAUGUAAGGUAUCUGAGUCAACAAUACAAAGAUACUGAAAAGUAUUCAGUCCUAUUUUUUUUUUUGUACAAAAAAAUGUUGG